GAGCGCAGCCGCCGCCGCGUCCUCUCAGCCUUGCGCUCCGCCCGCUGCUUCUGCCGCCGCAGCGCAGAGCCGGGGGCACCGGCCCCGCAGCCUGCCCACUCUUCGGGCCGCGUGCCAGCUGCAGCCGGCAUGGGGGGUUGCUGAGAGCGGGCACUCCUUCCUUCUGGCACCUCCCCCGGCUACUGGCCACUGGACUCUGGCCAGCGAGGCUCGGCACCUCUGGCCCCCAGUCCGGCUCCUGGCACGGUCCUCUGCUCCUCCAGCUCUGAGCAUCGUGUCCCCGUCCGCCCCCCCGCCCGCGCCUGGGACACCUGGGUCCCCCGGCGGCCCCUAGGAGAGGGGCGGGGGGGGCAUGAAGCCACUGGAGAAAUUUCUGAAGAAGCAGACGUCGCAGCUGGCGGGCCGAACGGUGGCGGGAGGUCCCGGCGGGGGUCCGGGGAGCUACGGUGGGCCUGGAGGGGGUGGGGGACCCGGCGGGGGGGGCUGUCCAGCCGGGGGACCGCGGUUGUUGCAGCGGCGUCAGAGCGUGUCUCGCCUGCUGCUCCCCGCUUUCCUCCGGGAGCCCCCCGCCGAGCUGGGGCUGGAGCCGCCCCCUGAGGAGGAAGGGGGAGAGCCAGCGGGGGUCGCGGAGGAGCCGGGCAGCGGGGGGCCCUGCUGGCUGCAGCUGGAGGAGGUGCCAGGGCCCGGGCCGCUCGGGGGAGGGGGGCCCCUGCGCUCCCCUUCCUCCUACUCAUCUGACGAGCUGUCCCCGGGCGAGCCCUUGACUUCGCCGCCCUGGGCCCCCCUGGGCGCCCCCGAGCGGCCGGAGCAUCUUCUGAACUGGGUUCUGGAGCGGCUUGCUGGAGGGGCCACCAGGGACAGCGGCGCCUCAGAUAUCCUGCUGGAUGACAUUGUCCUUACCCAUUCUCUCUUCCUCCCGACGGAGAAAUUUCUGCAGGAGCUACACCAGUACUUUCUUCGGGCAGGAGGCAUGGAGGGCCCUGAGGGGCUGGGCCGGAAGCAGGCCUGUCUAGCCAUGCUUCUCCAUUUCUUGGACACCUACCAGGGGCUGCUUCAAGAGGAAGAGGGGGCCGGCCACAUCAUCAAGGAUCUAUACCUGCUAAUUAUGAAGGACGAGUCCCUUUACCAGGGCCUCCGAGAGGACACUCUGAGGCUGCACCAGCUGGUGGAGACGGUGGAACUAAAGAUUCCAGAGGAGAGUCAGCCACCCAGCAAGCAGGUGAAGCCACUCUUCCGCCACUUCCGCCGGAUAGACUCCUGUCUGCAGACCCGCGUGGCCUUCCGGGGCUCUGAUGAGAUCUUCUGCCGCGUAUACAUGCCUGACCACUCUUACGUGACCAUACGCAGCCGCCUUUCAGCAUCUGUGCAGGACAUUCUGGGUUCUGUGACGGAGAAACUUCAAUAUUCAGAGGAGCCCGCGGGGCGUGACGAUUCCCUCAUCCUGGUAGCUGUGGCCUCCUCAGGAGAGAAGGUCCUUCUCCAGCCCACUGAGGACUGUGUUUUCACCACACUGGGCAUCAAUAGCCACCUGUUUGCCUGUACUCGGGACAGCUAUGAGGCUCUGGAGCCCAGCUCCUAUACCCCUGCCUGCCACCAGGUGCCCCUCCCCGAGGAGAUCCAGGUCUCCCCUGGAGACACGGAGAUCCACCGAGUGGAGCCUGAGGACGUUGCCAACCACCUAACUGCUUUCCACUGGGAGCUGUUCCGAUGUGUGCACGAGCUGGAGUUCGUGGACUACGUGUUCCACGGGGAGCGUGGCCGCCGGGAGACCGCCAACCUGGAGCUGCUGCUGCAGCGCUGCAGCGAGGUCACGCACUGGGUGGCCACCGAAGUGCUUCUCUGCGAGGCCCCGGGCAAGCGCGCGCAGCUGCUCAAGAAGUUCAUCAAGAUCGCGGCCCUCUGCAAGCAGAACCAGGACCUGCUGUCUUUCUACGCCGUGGUCAUGGGGCUGGACAACGCUGCUGUCAGUCGCCUUCGACUCACCUGGGAGAAGCUGCCAGGGAAAUUCAAGAACUUGUUCCGCAAAUUUGAGAACCUGACGGACCCCUGCAGGAACCACAAAAGCUACCGAGAAGUGAUCUCCAAAAUGAAGCCCCCUGUGAUUCCCUUCGUGCCUCUGAUCCUCAAAGAUCUGACUUUUCUGCACGAAGGGAGUAAGACCCUUGUAGAUGGUUUGGUGAACAUUGAGAAGCUGGGCUCAUUCCUUGUCAUCUCCCAGCAUUCAGUGGCCGAAAAAGUGAGAACAAUCCGCAAAUACCGGAGCCGGCCCCUUUGCUUGGACAUGGAGGCAUCCCCCCAUCACCUGCAGACCAAGGCCUACGUGCGCCAGUUUCAGGUCAUCGACAACCAGAACCUCCUCUUCGAGCUCUCCUACAAGCUGGAGGCGAAUAGUCAGUGAGAGUGGAGGCUCCAGUCAGACCCGCCAGAUCCUUGGGCACCUGGCACUCAAGCACUUUGCACGAUGUCUCAGCCAACAUCUGACAUCUUUCCCAUGGAGCAACUUCCUGCUCCACGGGAAAGAGUUGGAUGGAUUUACCCCUGGACCCAUAAGUCUGUUCAUCCUGCUGAAGUCCUCUCCCCAUUGCUCCUUCAAGCCAAAACUACACUUUGCUGGUUCCUGUCCCCUCUGAGAAAGGGGGCAGAAAGCUCCUUCCUCUAUCCCUCCCAUCGAGAUCUGUUCUGGGGAUGGAGCUUCCAACUUCCUCUUCCCAGCAGGAAAGAAUGCCGCCCACCCUUCUGCCUUGCAGAGUGGGAUUGUGGGAGGGAUUGGCAGCCUUCUCCACCACCUGUCCAGCUUCUUCCUGGUCAGGGCUGGGACCCCAAGGAAUAUUAUGUUGCUGUGUGUGUGUGUGUGUGUAUGUCUCCUUUUAGGGAGCAGAAGUGCAUCUGGUAAUUGAGGGCGGAUGUUGGGUGUACUGGGGAGGGGUCCUUCUGUUUGGUGCUACCCUUGUCUACUCUGCCCCUGGAUGGUACGGGGUGCUUUCUCCACCCCCACACUCCCUGCUCAGCUCCUCAUGCUGCCCUGCAUGCCCAGGCUGGUGAGCCAAGCUGCUUUUCAGGGCAGGGAGUGGCAGCAGGUAGGAGGGGUUACCCAUCAGCCCCUGCAAGUCCCCCACUCAGGCCUCUGGAAGGUCCGGGAAUGGACUCUGAUGAGAGGGUAAAAGAUGCUCAGGGAAACACAGGCCUCAGCUGCCUAGAGGACCCUCCCCCUGCCUUGCAGUGGGCUGGGGUAGAGCAGUAUCAGGAGCUAGGGGUGUCUGCUGCCCACAUUCCUGCUUUUUGGGGUAUCUAACUGCUAAGGAGGGAGUUGGCAUCCCCCUUCUGACUCAUGUGUCUGACACCAACAACAUGGUCUCUGUCCCUCUCCCUGUCUUGACUCCUCCUUUGUCCUCCCCAUAGAGCUGGGGUGGGGUGGAUCCCUAUACCUGGGGCAGGCAGCCCCAAAGUGGGGGAGGGGGAUGGCGGAGACUGUAAAGGCGCCACCGGACUCUGGCAAGGCCUUUAUUACCUCUGCUCCCCUCCCUCCCAUCACCAGCCUCAAGGCCUGAGGGGUUCAGGGGCUCCUGGCAGCUACUGGGUGAGGUUUCCUGGCACAGCCUCACCCUUCUUUCUGGCACCACCUCUUUCCCUUUUGAAGAGGCAGCAAUAGCAGUAGCAAAAGCAGCUGCUGUUCCUGCUAUGAGGGUGUAUAUAUUUUUUACCCAAAGUUCUGGAAUUGUACAUUUAUUUUUUAAAACUCAAAGAGGGAAAGAGCCUUGUAUCAUAUGUGAACAUUGUAUCAUAGGUAAUGUUGUACAGACCCUUUUAUACAGUGAUCUGUCUUGUUCCUGUGGCAAAAAUCCUCUAUGAACAUAGGCAGGCGCUGUGCCCCAUGCCCUCUUGCCCUGACAGUGUCCCAUGGGCCCCCUCCUGUUCCCUGCCCCCUCCCUGCUACUGCUGAUGCACUCUCCUCUCCCUGCGGCCCCCAGCUUCCCAGCCUUCCUCCUGACCCCUUCCAGCAGCCUUGGAACUCCAGCUGCCACCACCCUCUGGGUCGAAUACUGGGACACACUGGCCCAGUCUUUGCUGCUGCUCACCCCUAACCUUGAUGCCUGCCCAGGGACCCCCCAGCCCCCUCCCCUUGCCCUGCAGCUUUAACAGAGUGAACCAUGUGUAUUGUACAGGCGCAGUUGUCAUUGCAGAAACUGCUGGGUGGAAAAGAAGCCGAUAAAGUCUAUGAAUCAACCUG